CCUUGUGUCACGUGUUUCAUUAUGAAAAAAUGGCCGACGGGGUAAGUGAAACAAACACAGCUGCUGAGGAAAGCGACGCCAAAGAAGAGGACCCCAAAGUUUUGGAAGUUCUUCCAGACAGCCACCCUGUUGGCGUUAGCAGCGAUGAUGAGACUUCAAAAGACAAACCGGCGACCGAGAGCAACUGGUCAACACCGAUCCUGUCGCUGGCACGGAAGGCAACCGAGACGAUCAGCAGUGGGGUCAGCUACGGUGCAGCUUUGAGAAACGCCACAUCUUCGGGAUCUGCCGCGAGCUCUCCGAAGUGUCCGACUAAACAAAACUCUACCGAGAAUGACACCAACGCUAACCAAUACCUACCAGCGGUGAAGGACUAUAUGGCUGUGGAGCGCUCCAACCUGUUCAGUAUGAUGAAGCUGAGUAUUAAGGGCCUGAUCCAGUCUUCUCUGAGUCUGGGCAGAACCCUGGACUCUGACUACCCUCCUCUGCAGCAGUUCUUUGUGGUUCUGGAGCAGUGCCUCAAACACGGACUGAAAGUGAAGAAGUCAUUCAUCAAUCAGAAUAAGUCUAUCUGGGGUCCUCUGGAGCUGGUUCAGAAGCUGUGUCCUGAUUCUACUGAUAUUACCACCAGUGCCAGAGACCUGCCAGGGCUAAAGACUGGGUUGGGUCGGGCUCGGGCCUGGUUGCAUCUGGCCCUGAUGCAGAAGAAGUUGUCUGACUACCUGAAAGCCCUGCUGGACCAUAAGGACCUCCUGGUUGAGUUCUAUGAUCCAGGAGCGUUGAUGAUGGAGGAGGAGGGGACAGUGAUAGGAGGGAUGCUGGUGGGGCUAAACGUCAUUGAUGCUAACCUCUGUAUCAAAGGAGAGGACCUGGACUCCCAGGUGGGGGUCAUAGACUUCUCCUUGUACCUGAAGGACCCUAUGACCACUGAGACCACUAAGGAUGAUACUAAGCUGACCGCCAUAUUGGACCAGAAGCACUACAUCGAGGAGCUGAACAGACACCUGAGCUGCUCUGUCUCUGACCUGCAGGCCAAGAUGGACUCCAUAGAGAAGACCAACGGCAAGCUCAUUGAGGAGUUGACGGCAGCGACAGACAGAAUUAACUCUUUACGGGAGGAACAGGAAACCCUGAGACAUGAGAAUGAGACCAUCGUCCAGAGCAGCCAGAAGAAAGAGGAGGCGACCCUGGAGGACAGUGCAGUAGAGCUGGAGACAUACAGACAGACACGGCAGGGCCUGGAUGAGAUGUACAGUGUGGUGUGGAAACAGUACCAGGAGGAGAAGCGCAUCAGACAGGAGUUGGAGAGGGAGCUGAAGCUGCAGGUAGGACUAAAGCAGGAGAUGGAGAUGGCCAUGAGGCUGCUGGAGAAAGACACACAUGAGAAACAGGACACACUGCAAGCUCUCCGACAACAACUAGACCAGGUCAAAACCCUCAACCUGCAGAUGUUCCAUAAGACACAGGACUGUGAGCGUGAGGCCCAGAGGAAGCAGGAGGAAGAGGGACAACUGGAGGAGAAGAUAAACCAGAUGAAGACCAACAUUAAGGAGAUGGAGCAGAGACUGCAGAACUCUGAACGUGAUCGCAGACAAAGUGACCAGAUGGACAGGGACAUGAGAACAGAGCUGGAGGGCAGGGUAGACUCCCUACAGAAACAACUGUCUGACCUGGACACACUGAGGCUGGGUCUGGAGAGUGAUCUGUGCAGUGAGAAGGAGCAGAGACAGGCCAUUCAGAGAGCUCUACAGAGAGAACAGGACAACAGCACUGAGCUACGCACCCAACUACAGCAGAUACAGGGGCUACACACGGAGCUGCAGGAUGUUCGUCAGGAGAAGCAGCAGCUCCAGCAGACCUGUCAGGAGCAGGAGACGGCCUUACAGGAGAUGGGCCUACACCUCAGCCAGUCUAAACUGAAGAUGGAGGACUUCAAAGAGGUCAACAAAGCCCUGAAGGGCCAAGCCUGGCUGAAAGACGAUGAGGCUACACAGUGUAAACAGUGUCAGAAGGAGUUCUCCAUCGCUCGCAGAAAGCACCACUGUAGGAACUGUGGAGAUAUCUACUGUAACAGUUGUUCUACUAAUGAGUUGGCCUUGCCCUCCUACCCCCGACCUGUACGAGUCUGUGACAUCUGUCACUCUCUACUGCUGCAGAGGAGCAUCUCUUCCUCCUGACGGAACACACACACACACACAUCUUCCUCCACCUGACAGAACACACACCUCUUCUUCCUCCUGACAGAACACACA